AAGAGCCAGCGCUCCUGACGUUUUCAUAAGGCACAGUCAGAUCAGUGGGACAUAUGCAGCACACUCUCGGAUCAUUCUGGAAAUCUGCUGUGUAGGACUCGCACAGGAAGAGCAACUCUACAGUUUGAUCAAGUUUGGUGGGGUAACACUUUUUAGCAAAGGCACAAGGGAUUAAAGACAUGUUAAGAGGUGAAAGAAGAGAGAUCAGCAAGCAAGGUUUGCAAAACUUGCUAAGACUGACAGCUCAGCGCAGCAUCGAGGAUGCUGAGGAGAUUGAGCGGGAGAGGCGGCGUCAGGCCAGGAAGCUGAGCACUACCCAGCAGGAGCUGGACUGCGGAGAGUCUUUCCCAGAGAGAAACGCGCCUCAUGAUGACAUCUUGCAUGAGAAUGUCUUCAAGCCCAGCUGUCCAUCCUCUCAGGAUGAGGAUGAGGGCUUUGGUGACUGGACCCAGAAGAUGGAGAAAAGCAGGCGGCGGGACCUGGAGGAGCAUGUUAUGGCCAAGGAAGGAGGAACAGACAGUAGGCAAGGUGGCUCACUCAUUGAGCAGAAGAGCGGCACUGAAACCCCAACAGUGGAACAGGUAGAGCAACAAGUGAGUAAAGGCAGCAUGUCAAGGAGGAGGUAUGGCCCGGAGAUACUGAAGAGGGAGGAGAGGAUGAACAACCGCAAGGAAAAAGUGCAGGACGGACACAGAAAUGAAGACAUAGAGCCAGGCAUGACAGGAGAGAAGGAUCCAAGAGCUGAGCAGAGGGAAAAGGUUAAAGGAAACCAGACAGACAUGAAAAUGUCAUACAUAUCCAAAAUCUAUCUGCAACAGGAAGGAGGGCAGACGGACAAAGGUACCCAUGACCAGGAAGUGACAUCGCAGGCAGCUAAAGUGAAAAGAACGCUGAGGGGCAUAAGCCUGAACCAGGAGGGGAGAACAAGGAUGGACACCUUCCAGGAAACUGGGUACAAACUGGAGCAGAUCCAACACAGCCUGCAAGAGAGGGAGCGGGAGAGGGAGGAGCAGCAGCCGAUCGAGACCAAGCUAGAGGGGCUGAGAAUGAGGGAGGAGGAAGAGGAGCAUCAGUGGCUCAUUCAAAUGGGGAAUGACAUUGAUGGAAGAGUGAUAGAGGAGCCCUCAUGCUCGAUUACAGAGAGGACAGCAUCACUGAAUAGAUGCUUAAAGAAAAGUAGUAGCUUUAAGAAGAUACAGAACCCUGGCUUCAUCUCAAAAAUCGAUGACAAAGUGGAGCAGUAUACUCAUGCCAUUGAGAGCUCCUUAAAGGAGGCGAGGGCAGCCAAACAGGCACCGACAGACAUGACCGCCCCCCCAGAGCCUGUGGCCACCAAGAAGAACUUAUUUGAGGCUGGAGAUGCCUGGAACCAAAGCUUCACCAAAGGCUCCCCAUCCAAGGAUGCCGAGGUUCUGAAGGUGGGCGUGACGGACUUGAUCACCCAGUGGGUAAAGGGUAACCUGGAUGACGGCUCCAGAAUUUCCUCUCCAAAGCCAGCUGAAGUGAAAUAUGGUGAAGUGUUGCACAAAAAGAACCUAUGGGAGACUCUAGGGGACACUUCCUGCUUUGGGAAGCCUGGACUGGGUGGAAAGGGUCCCUGCUCUACCAAGAGAUACAAGUUUGUUGUGACAGGCCAUGGAAAGUAUGAGAAAGUUCCUGUCAGUGAUGACCAUUGCAAUGCCUGCACGAAUGAACAAUCAAGUGGAACAUGCCCCGAACACUCCUGAGAGCUCUUCAAUGUCAACGUUACUGAGCCUCAUUGAGUUCAUUUAAACAUUCUACAUGGGAAUUACCAACAUCCCUGUUACUGCCAACAAUAUCCUGUAAAUCUCUCAACAAAACAAAAUAUUUUUUUCUCAUUAAAACAUUUUUAUUGCAGCCUAUUUGCCUCGUUUCCAAUUUCAUUGUCAUUUUCAUAGUUGCUGCUGGCUACAAAAAUACAUACAUAUAUAUGCAUGUAAACGAUGUUACAGUUAUGCUCAUUUUUAUAUUAAAACACUUUUGACUCAAAA